UGAAGCGAUGACGCGAACUGGAAUAAAUAGAAACUAGCUAUAUAGCUAGUUAGCUAGCUAAGUCACUUGGCUAGGUAGGAUAAGCAUUUCUAGAUAGCUGACGGUAACUGAUGUUCGUGGACAGCGUUUAACCAGGACGUAUACGAAACGGCUGCUGUCCCGGAUUUACCGUUGCCAUCAUGGCACGAACACUCGUGUUUAUUUUAUGUUUCGUUUACAUCUUUUCACUGGUGAAUUCCCAAGAAGCAGUUUUACACGUGUCAGAUGGAUCAUCAAGUAAAGAGUACUGCCUUGUUUACAAUUCUUCCUGGACUAAUCUUUCAACCUCUCUCAGCAAUGCUGUGGAGUACCAGUUGGUGAACAUGACGUCGACCUUCCUCUGCAGUGCAUCCGGUGUAGGGCCGACAGCACUGAUAGGAAAAGCUGUGGUGGUGAUGAAUGGGGACUGUGAUUUCAGCCAGAAAGCAUUGAUUGCCCAAGACCUCGGUGCCACAGUGAUCCUCAUUGCCAGCAAAACAACCAUGUUAACCCCAUCAGCAAAUGAGACCAACUAUGGAAAAGUCAAGAUUCCGCUGGCGCUCGUGAGAUACAGGGACAUACUGGACGCACAACAGACGUUUCCGGAUGGUAUGUCAGUGAGGCUGUACGCUCCCCCAGUGCCUGUGUUAGACAUCAGCAUCCUCAUUAUGUUGUUUCUCAGUGUCUUCACCGUUGCCAUGGGUGCCUACUGGAGCGGGGUCUCUGAAAGGGACAGGUUGAGCGCUGGUCCUGCCGUGGUGGAUAGCGGAGAGAAAGAGUCCAGCAGUGACUUGUCUCUUUACUCCCCGCUCAAAGUCGUUAUCUUCGUGGCGCUGAUGAGCGCAAUGCUGGUGCUGAUGUAUUUCUUCUACAAGUGGCUGGUGUACGUCAUCAUUGUCGUGUUCUGUCUCGCCUCCGCGACGGCCCUACACAGCUGCCUGGAAGCAGUCAUGGAGAGCAUUGGCCUUGCAGCCUGCAACUUCUCCUGCCUGGGCAGAGCGUGCUCCGUGAGGUCACUGCUGCUGGCUGCCGUCUCUGUCUCUGUGGCUGUGGUCUGGGGGGUGUACAGGAAUGAGGACAGAUGGAUCUGGAUUUUGCAGGAUUUGCUGGGUAUUGCAUUCUGUUUGAACUUCAUGAAGACCAUAACUGUGUCCAAUUUCAAGGUGUGCGUCAUCCUGCUGAGCCUGCUGGUCCUCUAUGACGUGUUCUUCGUCUUCAUCACGCCUUUCUUUACUCCAGACGGAGAGAGCAUCAUGGUUCAAGUUGCACUCGGCCCGGAGUCCUCGGGGGAGAAGAACGGAGGCAACAUGGUGGAGGUGCCGGCUGAGCCCACAGCUCCCUAUGAGAAACUGCCUGUGGUUAUGCGAGUGCCGAGGUUUUCGGCCUGGGCUCAGAACCUGUGUGGGAUGCAGUUCUCCAUUCUUGGAUACGGGGACAUAAUUGUGCCAGGCUUGCUGGUGGCCUACUGCCACAGGUUUGAUGUGUGGACCAACAGCCCCAGGAAGAUCUACUUUGUGACCUGCACCAUAGCCUAUUUCUUUGGUAUGGUUGUGACAUUUGUGGUCAUGAUCUGGUCCAAGAUGGGACAGCCCGCUCUGCUCUACCUGGUGCCUUUCACCCUCCUCAGCAGUGCCAUGGUCGCGUGGCGGAGAAAGGAGAUGAGACAGUUCUGGAAUGGGAGCACUUAUGAAGUGUUGGACUCGUCAACAGGACCUUUAUUACAAGAUGGAGCACCAGGAUAUGACAGUGGAGGAGGAAAAUGCUGACUUUCAUAAGUAAUCUAGGGUGGAGCUGUGUUGUUGGUUUUUUUUUUUUUUGUUAUUUUUUUUA